AUGGUUGUAACAAGGCAAGGCACAGUGACAUCACCAGACGCUACUGCAUCUGGCAGUACUGGCUCCUCAGUAGCAGUAGGCCUAGGAGGAAGGAACCCACGAAGGGCCACGCCUCAAAAAAGGGCACCUUCCGCAAAGAAAAGAGGCGGAGGCUAUGCACCAACAAAAGAGCCAUCCAAUCGUGAAGAGGGUCUCCUACCCUCCCUUAAGAGCCCUCAGAGCGGAGGUCGAGUAAAUAAGGCCAAGACUCCCCGUGUUCAGCUGGCCGACAAAGCACAAGUAAUUGGCUCGAUCCCUCGCUCAAGCCGCAACAGUGCCCAGCCCAAGGAGAGGGGCCUAGUCCGAACUUUGCACCUGACCCACAGACUGCAGACGGGGCCGCUACCUUUUGUUAAAGAGAUGAGCAAUAUGAGCAGUAGUGAAAAUGAGAAAGAUGAGAUUCCUUUACGAACAUCCCUCAGCACAACUGCCGAAUGGGAACCCGAAAAGUUGCCCGCUUUUCGUCAACGGCGACAGUCAGCAGCAAUCCGGGCAAAACAGAGCAGCAAGAGCACUUACAGGUUGGGUACGAAUGCCUCUCUACUUCCUGACGCAGAAGAAGAUCAGGUGGAUCUUCACCCCAGGCAAAGCAUCAACACUAUCGACAACAACAGCAGCAGCAACAACAGCCGCAUCUCUGAGGGAAAGUUAAAACAGUUGUUGCUAACGUACUUUUGCUAUGCAUCGUUGUAUCUGACCCGCAAGCCAUUUGCUUCCUCAAAGAGGGAACUGGAGCUGCAGCUCGGUCUCACUGCUGCUGCUUUAGGUGGAGUUGAUACUGCAUUUUUGGGAGCAUACGCCGUAUCACAGCUGUUACUAGCUCCGGCCCUCCUAGGAGGCUCGAGAGGCCCUAGUUGCACGGUUAUUCUUGCCGCUGCUUACGCUAUAAGCGCCUGCAGUUGCUUUUGCAUAUACCUCCUGCCGGAUGCCCAGCUUUCCCCGUUGUCUCUCUCUUGUCUCUGGGGAAUCAAUGGAGCAUCUCAAGCCCUUGCGUUUCCCCUUAUCGUGUCCACACUUUCCUCAUGGCUCUCUAGCACAGAGCGAGGCGGAGUACUUGGUGUAUGGACGACCUGCCAACAGGUGGGGAGUAUAUUCGCGAGCUACCUGACAGCUGAGUUGCUGGCUACUGGCUCUAGGCGAAUAGCUUCAGUGAGCGUCCUGGAGGCUUAUACCUUAGGGGGUCGAGCCUUGCUGGCCCCUGGUGUCUCCGGCUGGAGACUGGCAUUUCUCGUCCCCGCCAUUUGGGUCUUUUUCUGUGCCAUGCUACUGGGAUGGGGCCUCAAGAAGGCUCCGGGAGAAAGUGACUUCAAAAAUGCUGCUACAAGGAAGCACCAAGGAAGGGCUACCCACAAGCAGGAGCAGCAGCAGUGGCUGCUCCGGAAGGUGUUGGACAUCGGGAGCAUUAGGCAUCUCUGUGCCGCAUACUUUUGUGUGAAGCUCGUGCGGUACUCCCUUCUGUACUGGCUGCCGUAUUACCUCGAAAAGCACGCAAAUUUGACCGCUUCAGCGGCAGGUAGGUCAUGCAGUUUAGGAUUUGAGGUCUUUCCGCUUGCUUGUUUGUAUUUCAGUUGGUUGUCCGAUCGAUACCUCCAGGGCCGUCGUCUGCUUCUGCUGGCUCCACUUUGUUGCAUUGGCGGGGCCUCUGUGGCGUUACUGCACCUCUCUGUUGCCUGGGCUCCCCCUGGCGAUAUUUCGCUAGUUGGACAAGGGGCCCUCCUGCUUGCAGGGGCUGCUAUAGCUGCCCCUGACUCCGUCUUAGGCGGAGCCGCCACAGCAGAUGCUUGCGCAGACGAGCCUGGAGGGGCUGACGAACAAACUGUUGCCGCCGCAGCAUGUGAGGAUUCAGGACCUCCACUCAUAAUUGUUGCGUGGCGGGCCCUCAGGGGCCCAUAG